AUGGCUGAGUUUAAGAGAUUCUCCGAGCUUCCCAGAGAACUCCGAGACCACAUUUGGAGCAUGGCCAUUCGGGAUGAUCGCCCAGGAGUACAUAUUUUCGGACAGUACGACACAUCAAAACGAUUUGCAAAAGGUAGCCGCUUUCUAAGAUCCGGUAACGUUGUAAGCGAUACAUGGGCUGAACCUUCAUGGCGCCGAUACUUUGAGAACUUGAACCAAAGCCGCAGCGACGAAAACAUCUCAACAUACCUGAUCGAUGGAGGCUUAUGGACAGCCUGCCAAGAAUCACGGCUCAUCAUGGAGAAGCGAUUUGAACAGUCAAAGCGGAAGCGUUAUGAUGAACACACUGGUCCAAGAUACGAUGAGAGCAAAAAAGUCUUCAGAAAAGCCACAACAGGCUGCUUUGCCGGCACCCCUCUUGAGCUGAUGACAGUCUUUCCCCACCGGGACCUGUUCGUCCUUCAGUCCGAUGACUUGAAAACUGUCGAUUGGUCCUUUAUUGGAUAUGAAGCUUCGAUGGCGACUAGUGCGGAGGGCUUCAGAGGGGUGAGGCAUGUCGCAAUAGAGUACAAUCCAAAGUGGGCGUGUGAGAUAGUCCAUGGCGGCUGCCUGAGUGAUGAGAUAUGGGCGAUUAAGCAGGCUGCAUUCGAGGCGUGGGAUGGUGUCUGGAAAAUUUGGUUUAUUGACACCUCCCUUAAGCGAAAGAAAGACGCUCCAGCACUCAGAGAAGAGGCAGAGAAUUACCACGACAUCAAUGCCUUCUAUGCCAGCGACAGGAGGUUCGUGGAGGUGGAUUGCAAUAACUGGCACGACCUGGAGAAGGAAUGGGAAUACAUCAAACCUGUGGAAGACAUAUCGGAUGACGGCUUUAGUUCUUCGAUAUUUUUCCUUCACGACUUGGAGUCGGACCUCUACGAUCAGCCAUUUCUAACUUAUGAUAAUUAUCAGGACCCUUAUUGUGCUAUUGGGAUCCUAGGAUGGGAAGAGUUAUAG